AUGGCUUCACCUUCGAGUGGUCUGUUGCCUCGCACGAAUCCUGUUUCUACAAGAGAGUUAUGGAUUGAGUUUCGGAGUAGGGAGAAUAGGGAGUUGUGGCAUAAACUUGUCUGGUUGGCUACCAAGUACCGCUUGCGUAGGAUGGGUUUGAUGGUUGACGAUAAGUGCAUUCUUUGUGGUGUGGCUGCUGAGUCGAGGAGAAAUGUAGGUUCGUGGGAUUUUGAACUUGCGUGGGCGAUUUCUUCUCUCAAAGGGCGUUCUCUCCGUACGCUUGUUCUUAAGCUUGCGUGGAGUUCGCUAGUGUAUCUUGUUUGGGAGGAACGGAACAGAAGGGUUUUCAGGAAUGUGAAUCGGAGUGUGGAGGAUGUUACGCAUUUGAUUAAAAACACUGUUCAGCUCACGCUUCAUGGUAGGAAGGGAAAUCCGCAUUAA